UUAUGUACCUUUCUGUACAUGCUGCAUCGUCUGUCAAUUUUACUUGACAGCCGGCGCCUUACGACCAUUGAUAAAUGUUUUUGUUUAUUUAUAGAAUAUAAAUAAAAAUAAUGUGAAAUUGGAAAAAAUGUCUGGAUUUGCUGAAUAUAAAAGUUUUUUCCCCAUCGACAGUAUUCAAAAAGUAUGUGACUUCUUUGAAGAGCAAUUGCGCAGUAAUAAAGAUCCAGAUUUGGCUUUGUUUUCUAUCAUAGUGGGAGCAGUGGAAAACAACUUAACUAACAUAAAAAAUAGUGACAAAGAUGUUAAUCUUGCUUCAAAUAGAUUUGUUAAAAUGAAGUUUCCUUCAGUGGAAUGGGAAGAAGUGAAAACCCUUUAUGAUCGAUUCGUUGCUCUGAUGCGGAGUGGCGUCGAUAAUAAAUUGGUAGCCGGCGAGUACGCUACACGAGAUUUAGUGAAGAGAGUAGCUGAUGUCGUUUGGAAUUCAUUGACCCGAAGUUAUUACAAGGACAGGGCCCACCUACAGUCAAUUUAUAGUUUUUUGACAGGAAAUAAGUUGGAUUGUUUUGGUGUUGCUUUUGCUGUGACUGCUGGAUGUCAGGUUUUAGGAAAACAAGACGUUCAUCUUGCAUUAUCAGAAGACCAUGCCUGGGUAGUGUUUGGAAAAGAUGGCACAAAUACAGCAGAGGUGACAUGGCACGGCAAAGGUAAUGAGGAUAAACGAGGCAGAUCUGUAGGUGAGGGAGUGCUGGCCAGGUCUUGGCUUUAUGUGGCUGGAAAGCCUGUUGUGUGUACACGAGUAAUGGAGUUAGCUGCAUUGGUCUCUUCUAUUAAUCCCACUUUGACACCAACAAUCGAUGUCCAUGAAGUGGCACAGAUGCAGCAUAAACUUCUAUGGUUGUUGUAUGAUAAGGGUCAUUUGGACGCUUAUCCAAUGGCUUUGGGUAAUCUCGGUGAUCUGGAUGAGUACAUGAAAAUUUCAAACUGUCCAGAGGAGGAUGAAAAUUCCAUGCCACAAGAGGAAGCUGGGAAUACCAAUUCUAAUACCACACCUCGACCAGAUUCAGCGGCCUUGUAUGUUCAAGCAAUAAGAUCUUCGAGAACCCAUUAUGAAGACAGGCAUGUGUAUCCUUACACCUUUCAAGGAGGCUAUUAUCACAGACAUAAGAUGUACAAAGAGGCAUUUAAUGCAUGGGCUUGUGCGGGAGACGUUAUCAGGCACUAUAACUAUUCUAGAGAUGAUGAGGAAAUAUAUAAGGAGUUUUCUGAAAUUGCAAAUGAAUUAAUACCACAGUUGAUGAAAGCUGAGAGUUCGGGACAUUCAGCAAGGUCCAUUCUCAAAGAUCCGGAAUGUUUUGCUUCCUUGUUAAGGUUUUAUGAUGGAAUCUGUAAAUGGGAGGAAGGAAGUCAGACACCCAUUUUGCACAUAGGAUGGGCAAAACCUCUAGUCAGCACCAUAUCAAAAUUUGAUGCAGAGGUAAGAGCACAAGUUAAUAUUAUCUGUAGUCCAGAUGGUAAUGAAGCCAUAGAUGCUCCGCCUAAAACAGAAAACUCUGAGGAAAAUGAUAACAAAGUGAAAGAUAAUGACAGAUGGAAUAACAAUUCCGAAAAUACAGAGAUGUCAGUCCGAGAACAACUGACAGCAGCUGUCAAUAGUCGUCCUCGUGUCACUCUCUACAGCCAUAAAAUGGCUGCUCUGAAACCGCUACUUUUGGCUGAACGCUUGAAUACCCACGCCUUACAGUUGCAAUUGACAGCUCAGAGUCAAUUGCAAAGACCACAGGCACCCGCCAAACGGCGAGAUGACGAUGAAGUCACUCCUUCAGCACCCACCGCACGAGCUAAACGCGCCCGCCGAGAACGUUAAAUUAUUUUAUACUGCUAUAUAUACAUAUAUAUCUUUGUUUUAUUUACAUGUAUUUUCUAUUAUAACUGAUAUCUUAGACUCUUAUGUAUAACUAAGAUGUCCAUUUCUCUAGAACUUACGUGGUAUGGAAAUAGGAACUACAGAAAAAAAAAUUUUGAUCCUACAUUCUAAUUUAUACGUUUAGUUUAUUUUUCCUCUUUGGAAUAUAUUAAUAAUCCUAACGAAACUCUCUUAAAACGGGUUAUAAAUAUGUAUAGCGUGCAUAGAGUACGCCGUAUUUUAUCUAAGUUUAUUUUUUUAUAAUUCCAUAGAUGUAGAAUUAUCGUCGUAGAUCUGUAGCUCGUCAAGUAAUUUAUAAUACUAUAUUAUAUUAGGGCAGUAAGGAAGACUGCAUUUUGAAAUGAACAAAAAAAUAUAUGCCAUAAUAUUUGCUUUUAUUGAUUUGUGUGAUUGAUUAUGUACGUAGUGAACCAUUAAAUUACUGCGCUACAUAUUUUUAUAAAUGAGCUGAAUACAUUAACAGUUAUAAUUUAAACAUUAACUUUAAUUGUUGAAUGUUUAUAAGUAUCCAUUUUAUACUUUAAUUGUGUUAUGAUGCAAAGCAUUGGAGUAAAACUCUUAAGUUGUUGAAACUUAAUAAAUUAUCUGUCUGAAUAGGUAUUUAAUUGAUGAAACUAUAAAUCAUUUGAGAGUAUAGUUUUUUUUUUUAUUAAGUAUUAAAUUAAGUUUAUGCCUUUUAAAAUAGAUAAUCUAUAAUUAUAUUGAUUUUUUUUUUGUCUUGAAAUAAAAAUAAGUGUAACGUAACUGUAUGUUUAAAGAAUUAAAGAAACUUACUUAUGGCUAUUGACUUAUAAAAUCAUAAUAUUUUAUACGCCCUAAGAAAGGUACAAGUUGUUGAAUUGUAAAAAAAAAAUCCUUUAAGGUAUGAAUUAUAAGAAAUAAUGGAGAUUUAAAUUGUUUCACAUUCUUAGAGAUGUUAUAUGUAACAAAGUUUUACUAAGAAUGGUUUGAAGAAAUCGUUUGAACGAUUGUUAUUUGUAUUUUGGUUUGACAUGAGUAUAAAAAAUAUAAAAUUUAACGAAAGCUAUUGCUGAGGUUUAUGAGAAAUUUUAACAUUCAAUGAUCAAAGUAAAAACUGAAGUGCCUUUGAAGUUUCAGGAAUGUUUAAUUAAUAAAAAGGCACAUCUAAACAAUUAGAUGAAUAACUUAACUAUAUUAUGUGGUUUUUUUAAAUAUUUUUUUUUUGUUACCCUCAUAAAAAACAAACAUAUUUUUAAAGGUCACCCCAGUGGUGUCCACAUUAUUUUUUAAAUAUUUUUUAAGAUUUAUAUUCUCUGUACAGUUAGUAUAGUGGAUUCAUGAAAAACUUGAAAAGAUGAUAAGUAUUAUUUUUAUAGACAUAUAAGUAGUAUUCUUAUAUAUGCCUAUAAAUGAAAUUUUUUAUCCUUGUCUGAGUAUUAGUCUCUAAAAUAUGUGUAAUUAUAAAUCUUUAAUGGUUGUACUUAUAUAGAAAUAGUUCAUGUUCUUAAAACUUUUGCCACAUUAAAAUGUUGAUCUUUGCCAACUUAUGGAUUAAUUAAAAAAAAAAUAGUAGCCAUAGACUUUAACCAUUAAUUACUUAAUCUGUGGCAAGGACUGGUGACACUGACCAAAUUUCUAGAUCUAUGAGCAAUAUAUUUUUAUCAUCUAUAAAUCUACUUACAGUGUAUGUUAAGUUUUUAUUUUAUGACAAUUGUUUUUAAAUAAUUGUGUUUGUAAGCCGAAAUAUGUAUAUGAUGCUUAAGAAAAUUUGUUUGCUCUCUGCAGAAGUAUAAAAUCUCCGUUUUGCUGAUAAGAUUUUUGUUAUUGAUGUAAUGAUACUAUUUUUAAUGUAAGAAUAUUUUUGUAUGUCGUAAUUAUGUGUUACAUUUUGCGGAAUGUUCUUGUAUAUCGAGAUUCAAUAAAAUUCAUUGUUUUUUUUUUAAAUGUAAAUGACUUAUGUGCACUGAUAUUUCUGACUUAAUUGUCUUUUCUAUUUUUUUUAUUUUUCAAAAUUUUAAUGUUAUUGCAUAUAAACAUUCUUAAGUUAAAUAUAUACAGUGGACUUGUUAACUGCUUAGUUUUUAGGACACAGUUUGUUGCAUUCAUUCAUAAAGUAAAGUGACAGAAUUUUUUUGUAAACAUAUGUUGAAUGUGUGCUAUCCUUAUAACAACAAUAGUUUACUUAUCUGUAAUGUGAUAGCAAUUGCAUUUAUAGAUUAAAAUGUAAAAUGCCUAGAAUUGUA